UCCACAUGGAGGCAGUUGGGUAUCUCUGUGCCCGUUAGUCUAUUCCAUCCUCCAGUGGCGACGCUCCAGACACGCUGGACCAACUUGGAAAUACUGCAGCUGGACUAAGCAAAAUAUGCUCUGAAUACUUGCUUAUUUUAAUAAUACUUUUAUUCCUCUAUCCAUAUUUUUUCAAUAGCAGUAGGGAAGAAAACCUAUCUCAUUUGUGCGUAAAAGUCCCUUUUCAUUUCAUUCUUAAUUAACUGGAGAGGAGAGCGCUGAAUGACAGUGUUACUGAUGUUUUCCUUGCAUUUUUGAUGGACUUUGAGCUCUUCUUAGCAAUCACAUUUACCAGUGACAAUUUAACUGAUUUACAAGUUAAAUUGGCAUAAUUUAUGGGAAUAUUUAGAUUAUUGGAUUUUUUUUCCUUGGGGAACUUUGCGCUUUCCUGGAGAUAACUAUUCUUUUUUUAUGCGUAAAAUCUUUUUGUUUGGAUCAUUUUAAGAAACCCGUUAGCGGACACUUUGCUAUCUUGUGCAAGUGAAACGGGUUUGAUGGAAACAUGACCAAAGCCGUAACCGGGCCGGUUAUCCUGCACACCCUAUGCCUGCUUCUGUUCCUGCUACUUCACGUCUCACCGGUGUGUCUGUCUGCGCAGCACGGACAUCCAGCGCGCUACUUCGGCCAGAUAGCAGAGAACUCUCCAGCUGGGACGCCGGUGGAAGGGGUGGUAAUUUCUGUCACAGCUGUAAACUGCCCCGGUGCGAACCUCACUGCCAGCUUGAAGGGAGAUUAUGCGUCAGAUUUCAGACUUGUUCACUACCGCGGGCAUCGGGUCCAUCGAGGACAAUUAUGUUUGGUCUCCGCAAAAGCACUGGACCGGGAGUUUAUAGCUAUGUACGAACUGGUGGUGGAGCUGCCAACUCGGUGUAUGAGGAGACGAGCCAUCGUCCAGAUUGAGGUGUCCGACAAGAACGACAACAUCCCUCGGUUUACCAGCGGGAACAAGACGAUUGAAGCAGAUGAGUUAACGCCUCCCGGAACCGAGCUGGCUCGCUUUGACGCAAAGGACGGUGACGCGGAGAGCAAUGGACAUGUCACUUUUUACGCAUCACCGGACUUGUACCUGCUCCACGUGGAUCCACAAAACGGACAAGUGAGCCUAGCAGGAUCUCUCGCUGGAUUCAGCCAGGUGACUUUGCGCCUUUACGUGAAGGACGGAGGAGAUGUAGCACUGAUAGGUGAGCCGGUGUUCUUGCGCAUCAACGUCCGCCGGUCCGACAGAGCGCGACGGAUGCCGCGGGCUCUGUCCGAGGAGCUGACCUACACAGUUACCGUCCCGGACCACGUCAGAGUUGGCGACCUAGUGUUCACAGUUCCUGACCAGAGGUUCGAUCAGCGGUGGUUUGAAGUGAUAUCUGAAGCCGAUUCACCAGUCCAGAUCGAGCGGGAUUCGGGGCGUUUGUACCUGGCGCGCAGUCUGCGAGAGCCAGCCGAGGUGGUGGUGAAGAUUCAGAACCUCCGAGGUGAUGACUGGUACCUGUGCAGGUUAACUCUGAGCAUGCCCAGUCAGGCUGAUCUGCAGUGGGCGAUGUUUCCCUCACCUUACCUGGGUGCUAUUGGUCCUGAUGCAACACCAGGCACCGUAGUGUAUCGACUGUCAGCACGACAACGAGAUGGGACACUAGGACAAGCUCAGUUCUUCCUACUUGAGGGUGAUGAGGAGUGCUUCGAGGUGGACCAUCGUUCUGGGGAGAUCAGGACAACCGGUCGACCAUUGACCCCCAGUAAGGAGUACCUCCUUCGGGUUCAGGCAGUGGAUGGACAUGGUCGUAAAGGGCCACCAGCCACUGUUGCUAUCCUUGCAGGCUAUCGGCCACCCCAGUUCACCAACUCCACUUACAGCCUGAAUGUACCAGAGAACAUACCCGUUGGCCAACCAGUCGCAGUUGUCCAGGCUGUCUCCUUCCAGAAGAAGAGUCUCUCAUACAUGCUACUGGUUAAUCCAGGGAAUUUGUUUAGCAUCAACCAGGAGAGCGGAGCGCUUAGCCUCACCAGGAACGUCGACUAUGAGGGUGGUCACAACCUGCACACCCUGCAGGUCCGAGCUUCUGAACCCGACACCGGCCUUAGCAGCGUGGCAGAGGUGGUUGUACACAUAACGGAUGAGAAUGACUGCACACCAGAGUUCCUCCACUCUAUCUACACCAGAGACAACAUACCUGAGAGCAUCGCACCUGGAACCUCACUGCUGCAAGUACUUGCCCGGGACUGUGACUCCGGGAUAAACUCGGAGAUCUCAUACUUCGUUCCCAGCAGUGACUUCAGCAUCACGUCUGGGGGUGUGGUCAGCCCCGCCCGUCGCUUGGACUAUGAGCGCCCUAAUCACAUCUAUGAGUUUUUGGUGGUUGCAGUGGAUGCAGGAACACCCCCUCGCACCGGGACUGCCUCAAUCCGCAUCCGAGUCGCCAACACCAAUGACGAGGCACCUGUCUUUUCACAGAACGUUUAUAAGACCUUCCUAAGUGAGGAUGCCGGUCCUGACACUCUGGUUGCCAUCGUUCAUGCCAACGACCCGGACGGAGAUGGCGUCUCCUACGCCAUCACUGGAGGCAAUGAGGAUAGCAAUUUCCUUCUUGACAACCAGAAGGGUAUUAUUAAGCUGCGGCGGAGUCCUCCUCCACACCUGAGGGGGCCACAGUAUGUCCUCAACAUCACUGCCACGGAUGACAACGCAUCUGGUGGGCCAUACCCACUCAGCAGCUCAGCGCAGGUCAUUGUGGGAAUAAAUGACAUCAACAACAACAAACCACUGUUCAAGGAGUGUCAGAACUAUAGCCUGAACGCAGCAGUCCUGGAGAAUCAGCCUCCAGGGACGUUCGUCCUGCGCGUCCAGGCUCAUGACGCUGACAUGGGUGUCAAUGGAGAGGUCAAAUAUGGCAUUAUGAACAGAGAUGGAGUGGCAUCUGGGUUUGAUAUUGAUCCUGAUACUGGUGUGAUAACCACAGCGGUGAGUUUUGACCGGGAGCGUCAGAGGGAGUAUACUUUGUCUGUGACGGCCACUGAUCAGGCAGAAGAGCCGCUCAUUGGAAUCUGUCAGAUCACAGUGCAGAUCUCAGAUCAGAAUGACAACGACCCCAAGUUUGAAAACAGCCGCUACCAGUACUUUCUGAGAGAAGACACUCCAGUUGGAACUAGCUUCCUGCGAGCAGCAGCUCAUGACGAUGACCAGGGGAGCAACGCGGCAAUCACCUAUUCACUGUCCAGACAGAAGCCGGCUUACCUGCACAUCAACCCCAGCACUGGGUGGAUUUAUGUCAACCAUCCGAUCUCUCAGACAUCCAGAAUCAACCAGCAGAUUGUGGCCUCAGAUGGAGGGAACCGCAGCAGCUCAGUGGAGCUGACGGUUAUCAUCACAAACGUCCACAAUCAGCCACCACAGUGGGAGCAGUCCGAAUACUGGGUCACUGUGCCGGAAAACACCGUCCGAGAUGCCAAGAUAGUGACCAUCAAGGCGACGUCUCCCCUCGGUGACCCCAGGGUGACCUACAACCUGGAGGAGGGUCAGGUACCGGAGACCAACAUGCCAGUGCGGUUCUACAUGAAGCCAAACCGGGCCGACGGCUCGGCAUCCAUCCUGGUAGCCGAGAACCUCGACUAUGAGACAACGCGCUUCUUCACGCUCAGAGUGCGCGUGCAGAAUGUCGCUGCUGUGCCGCUCGCCUCCUUUACCACGGUCUAUGUUAAUGUGACGGACGUGAACGACAACGUUCCUUUCUUUCUGUCGUCCACCUAUGAGGCCACGGUUCCCGAAGGAGCGCAGAUGGGCACGUCUGUGGCUCAGGUGUCAGCCACUGAUCUGGACUCUGGUCUGCACGGGAUGAUCCACUAUGUGAUCCUGAAGGAUGAAAGUGGGGACUCUCAGUUCUUCAGCAUCGACUCCCACAGUGGGAUCAUCUUCACUCGAGCCUCUUUUGACCGUGAGCAGAAAGCUUCGUAUCUAAUAGAGGUGCAGUCACAGGACGGCUCGGAGUCGGCCCGACAAGGCCAGCAGGGCCAGCCUAACACAGACACAGCCUAUGUCAGGAUCUUCGUCACCGAUGUGAACGACAACGCCCCGGCAUUUGCCCAGCCGGUGUAUGAGGUGAGCGUGGAGGAAGACAAGGAGGUCGGCUUCGUCCUCAUCACCGUCACGGCCAACGACGAGGAUGAAGGUGCUAAUGCCAAGCUGCGCUACCAGAUUACAUCAGGAAACACCAUGGGUACCUUCGACGUGGAACCUGAGGUGGGCACUAUCUUUGUGGCUCAACCUCUUGACUAUGAGAUGGAGCAGCGCUACGAGCUCCGGCUGGUGGCCUCAGAUGGGAAGUGGGAGAACGAAACACUGGUGGUGGUUCAGGUGGUAAAUCGCAACGAUGAGGCACCAGUUUUUAGCCAGACCGAGUACCACGCUGCUGUGAUGGAGGAACUCACCCAGCUUCCUGUUUUCAUCCUAGAGGUAUCAGCUACAGAUCCCGAUCAGGAAGCCGACCAGAGUGCUCUUCGCUACUCCCUCCAUGGCCAGGGCGCUGGUGGUGAGUUUACCAUUGAUGAACGUACUGGAAGAAUCUAUGCUCAACGUCGGCUGGACCGCGAGGAGCGCCCUGCCUGGAGAUUCCUUGUCCUCGCCACAGAUGAGGGAGGGGCAGGUCUCACAGGAUUUGCUGAUGUACUGUUAGAAGUCAGAGACAUCAAUGACAAUGCUCCCUUCUUCCCCUGCCCAGCACUGGAAGUAGAUGGUUGUUUUGUUGGUCAAGUGCCUGAAAAUUCACCUGCAGACACAUCCGUCAUGGAGAUGCGUGCCAUGGACCUGGAUGACCCCAAUGAGGGCAGGAAUGCCUUGCUCACAUAUAGCAUCAUCAAGAACAUUCGCAAUGAGAUCAACCUCAACCUGUUCUCCAUCAAUGCCACUACGGGCACCAUCUACACAGUACUACGCUCUCUGGACAGGGAGAUGGAGGACCGGUAUCUGGUAGUGGUGGAGGCCCGUGAUGGAGGGGGUUUGGCAGGGACAGGGACAGCCACCAUUAUGGUUUCAGAUGUCAAUGACCAUCCACCCAUCUUCACUCAGAGACUCUACAAUACUCAGGUGACUGAGGACCUUGAGGUGAAUAGCGAGGUUCUUGUAGUUUCUGCCACAGACGGAGAUGAGGGCGAGAAUGCUGUGGUAACCUUCAGCAUUGUAGGUGGUGAUGAAGACAGAAAGUUCUUUGUGGAGACAGACAAAGUGAAUCGACGUGGCGUGAUAAAACUUAAGAAGAAAGUUGACUUUGAGAAGCCUAACGAAAGGACUUUCAAUCUGACCCUGAAGGCCGAAGAUGCUGAUUUCUUCAGCCUGGCCUAUUGUCUCAUUCAGGUGGAAGACUCCAACGACCAUGCUCCCGUCUUCUUUCCACAAUUCUAUGAAUCACCAGCUAUGUCUGAAGAUGUGCCAGUUGGGACAAUUGUUGCUCAAGUUACAGCUUCUGAUCUAGAUUCUGGACAAAAUGGGCGUUUUUCUUACAGUAUAUCCAAAGAGUCAGAUCCCUACAAUCAGUUCCUGGUGGACCAGUCUGGUUGGGUUGUAGUUGCUGAUUCUUUGGACAGGGAGAAAAUUUCACAGCACAGGAUCAUGAUCCUGGCUACAGAUGCAGGGAGUCCCCCCCUGACUGGCACUGCCAUUGUUGUGGUGACUGUACUUGAUGUUAACGACAACGGGCCAGAGUUUGAGGUCCCCUACAAGCCUGUUGUUUGGGAGAACACAGCUGCACCUCAGCCAGUGAGAAUGAAUGAAACCUCCUUGCUCCUUCAUGCCACCGAUCGCGACACCUCCACCAACAGUGGGCCAUUUUCCAUACGGCUUCUGAUGCUCACCUCAGACGCCACCAACUUUAACCUGACAGACUUUCGGAACGGAAGUGCAGCCAUCACCGCGCUCCGUGCUUUUGAUCGUGAGCGGCAGAAGGAGUACCGCCUCCCAAUUCUCAUGAUUGACAGCGGCUCUCCUCCAAUGAGCUCUACUAGCACGUUGACAGUUGUGAUCGGCGACAGGAAUGAUCAUCCCCACUCACCUGGACACACCAACUUUAUUGUCUACAGUUAUGAAGGUAUUCUCCAGACGACAGUGCUCGGACAAGUUCAAUCCCCCGACCUUGAUGACUGGAGUGAGAAAGUGUACCGUUUUGAAGGCAAACCAACCAGGUUGUUCAGUCUGAACCAGAGCUCAGGUCAGCUCAGUAUUAGGGAGGGAACUCCUCCCGGCUCAUACCAUCUGCAGGUUCGUGUAUCCGACAACACCUGGCCAGAUGUCACCUCCACCGCCCAAGUAGACGUCACAGAGCUGCACCACGAUGCCUUGCAGCGUGCUGCCUCCAUCCGCCUGAGCAACCUGACAGUGGAGGAGUUUUUCAGUAGUAGUGGUGGAGGUGAGAAGAGUCGCUUUUCCCGUCUGGGUCUGACGUUGGCUGAACUCCUGCAGACUUUGCCGGAAAACGUCCAGAUCUUCUCUGUGGGCGAUGCCAGCAAACAUGGUGGGAGGGCGCUUAAUGUUUGGUUUGCUGCCCACGGCUCUCCCUACUACAAGGCUGAGAAACUGCACGGCUACGUGGCAGCAAACAAAGCCAAGCUGGAGGCCAUUCUGGGCGUGUCCAUCUCUCAGGUGGGUGUGGAUGACUGCCCAUACACAGACUGCAGUCAGUCUGGAGGUUGCAGCAAUGAGGUUUCAUUCAGCCAGGCACCGGUGGCUCUCAGCUCUGGUAACAUCUCUCUGGUGUCACUGGCGCCCUCUUUGACUGCGCAAUGUGGCUGCCGGGGCCGAGAGGCAGCCCACCUGUCCUGUUCUGCUUACCCCGUCAACCCAUGCCUCAAUGGGGGCACCUGCCAGGACGGACCAUUGGGAUACCGAUGCAAGUGUCCUCCCAUGUACGACGGCCCCGAGUGUCAGCAGACCAAACACAGCUUUGGCGGCCAGGGUUACGCCUGGUUCCCUCCCAUCAAACCUUGCUAUCAGAGCCACAUCUCCCUGGAGUUUCUGGCUGAGUCGGCCAAUGGGCUGCUCCUCUACAACGGGCCAAUUGGUAAUGUUCACUCUGGGGAGCAGGAGGACUUCAUUGCCAUUGAGUUGAGGAACGGCGUUCCAGCUCUGAGCAUAAACCACGGAUCAGGAACACUCACUUUGCAGUUCCCACCCAAAUCUACUGUGACCGACCGACGCUGGCAUCGCCUCGACAUCAUCAGUGAUGGAAAGGCUGUCCAGCUGAUCCUGGACCAGUGUGGAGGGGUGGCUGUGAAUGAGCUGGAGACAGAUGAGUCCAGCUGUAGAGCUGCAGGAGAGACACCUGGAAAUCAGAAGUAUCUGAAUGUUUUCCAGCCUCUGCAGUUGGGAGGGGUGAAGGAAAUGUCCCCUCACAGACAUUACCGCAGUUUCACUGGCUGCAUCCGCAACCUGGUGGUCGACAGUCAGGUGUAUGAUUUGGCAUCUCCAGGUGAGAGUGUGGACAGCACCCCGGGUUGUAAGGUCACAGACGGUGUGUGUGUGACGGCGGCGGGCCCCUCGUGUGGGAUUCACGCAACCUGCCUCGCAGACUGGGGCUCGUUCAGCUGCGAGUGCCACGCUGGAUACACGGGGCACAAGUGUGACAGGGCCAUGCCAGAGUUCUCCUUCGAUUCGGGCAGUGUGGUGCGCUUUCAGCUCAGAGGAGGCGGCAGCUCCAGACGUACCAACAUUCAGCUGCUCGUCCGAACCAGAGCCACCUCAGGGACCCUGCUGUCUGCGACGUCCCGGGAGGCCCAUGAAUACAUCGUCCUGGAGAUCACAGAGGGUCACAUCUCAGUACGUGCCAACCUUGGUGACGGCGCUCACGCUUUGCGGCUUCCGGGCCAGCGGGUGGAUGUCGGGCAGUGGGUCCUGGUCAGCCUCAGUCGCUAUGACAACAUGUUUACCCUGCGGUUAGAGCACGGCGGGGGCUCGAGGGAAGUGCAGGCCCGCCUGGGGAGCCUCAGGGAGAUCGUGGUUCAUCCAUCCAGCCUAAUGGUUGGUAAUGGACCAGACAAGGCUGACUUCCAGGGUUGUCUGCGGGAUGUUCGAUUUAAUGGUCAGGUCCUGCCUCUGGAUGGCCAGAGCCGGGACCUGGUGACGGUGCUGGAGAGACGUGGUGUCACCUCAGGGUGCUCUAGCAAUGCCUGCAGCAGCCAGCCCUGCCGCAGCCCACUGCGAUGCAUCGACUUAUGGAGGAAACACCAGUGCAAGUGUCCCAGUGGUCAGGUAACCGUGACUGACGACUCAGGUCAGCACCGUUGCGCGCCGUCACCCUGUGGACCUUCUUCCUGCCGUAACGGUGGUGUCUGCCAGGCGCUUUCACCCGAUAGCUACCGGUGCCGAUGUCAGGAGGGUUUCAGGGGUCAACGCUGCGAGCUGGGGCAGGUCAAAGGUCACCGGCUGCCCGCCCUGAGCCCCAGCUCCAUCUUGGCCAUCAGCAUGUGUCUGCUCGUCUUCUUCGCGGUGCUGGUGGCAGUGACAGUGUGGAACCAAAAAGGCAGCCGAAAUAAGUUCAGGAAGCGAGGAGUUUACCACAUCCCUGCUGAGCACGAGAGCUGGGAGGACAUUCGAGAAAACAUUCUCAACUACAAUGAAGAGGGAGGAGGAGAGCAGGACCAGAACGGUUAUGACAUCACAGAGUUGAAGCGUCCGCUGUGCUCCAGUUUGUCUCAGUCAUCCUCCUGCACCACCGCUCCGCUCAUCAAAUCCUCACCGGGCUCCCAGGAGGAGGUUCAUCCAUCUAGUUCCUCGUGCAGCUCAGGCGCUCCCUACCUCAGCAUCCCACAUCACCACCACCUUCAGCAUGCCGCCAACGCCAACUAUACCAGCGAUGCAACCUACGCCAAUUACACUGCUCAUGUAAACAGAGACGCGGAGACAAGCGACGUAGGCAGUUACACUGACGCCCCGCCUGGCUCACGCUCCCACGUGGACUUUAGAAGCUACGUGGCGCGAAUCAUUUGGGAGGCAGACAACGAUAAUGAGGCUUUCCCACCGGACGCCUACCACGUCUGGUGCGUGGAAGGCUCCGGGUCGUCGGCAGGAAGCCUCAGUUCACUGGGGUCCGCAGUGUCCCAUAGAAACAUCAGCACAGGCGACGGGGAUCGGGAGGACGAGGAGGAGGAGGAGGAUGAUGGAGGUUUUGUUUAUGACAGACUCUCGCGGUGGGGCCCAAAGUUUCAGGCACUCAGUGAGAUGUACGACCGACCACAGCUGACCCUCACAUACAGGGAUGCAAUGGCGUACAUACAGAGGAGCCACAGCCAUGACCCCCUGCCACAUCACCAUUAGGGGUCGCUACCCAAAUACAAGUACACACUCAUAGAACAUUUGCCACAGUGGAAAGGGACUCAGUGCUGUGAUCUUGUCAAAUUUGAAAAAAAAAAAAAAGAACGAUGGCUGGUCAGGUAUUGUUUUGUAUGGCUGGGAAUAUGUUUAAAAUAAGUGUUUUAAUAUUAAUUUUCUGAUGUUGAAAUAUAUAUAAAUAUACUCACUGUUCUAAAGACAUACAAAUUUGAAUUUGUUUGUCCUGAACAAAUCCACCCUUUUUCUUGAUUUUCAGCUGUAAACAGUUUGUGGUUUCUACAAAGGUCUCUAAGCAAACUGGUCCAAACAAGUGAUAUUUUCAGUUCUUUUAGCUAAUUAAAUGUCAGAUUAUGGUUCAUGUCAGAGUUUAGUGAAGCAAGAUGAGCUUGCCACAUUAAUUAAAAAUAACGAGGCAUAAAGAAGCAAUUAAGAACAGAAACACAAUGAAUUAGGCAGAAGAAGCAAAGCUGGGAGGACUGUGCAUUCUCAUUACAGUUGUCUGACAGGGACAAGCCCUCAGCAGCAGCAGUUAUUCAAGAGAGGUUUACAAGUAGAAACAGGUGAUAAAUGACAUAUAUCAUGCAUCGUCCAGGUAAACAGGGUAAAAACUCAUAGAUCAAAAUGAAAUUUACCCAGAUUAUUAUUUACAUUAAGGAUAUAAUGUUUCAAUUUUCAAGUGAGGCAUUAUAUCUUAAUAUGUGCCAAUUUGCACAAUCUUACAGGAAUCUGAAUGGAUAGAUAAACUCAGAUUAAGAAUCAUUUGUUGGCACAUGAGAGCCUUUUUAGCACUCCAUAAAUCAGAAACCUUUAUCAUCAGCCAGUAAAAAAAAAAUCACCAUGUUUUUGGGAUGAGAUGUUAAAAAGCCAUCCGUAAAUCCUUCAGAAAUCCUGACAGGUUGUGCCAAGCAAGUACAAGAAGGAAAGAAAAAAAUCAGAGUAACUGACCAAAGAAAUAUGUUUGCAUACUUUUUUUUUGGAAACUUGUAUUUACUCUUACAGUUUUUAACAAAUGGUUAUCAACAUAAAUCGUGUCUGUGUAAGAGCUUGAAAGCUGGACUUUUUGGAGGCGUUUCACCUCAUUUCCAAGAGGCUUCUUUCAGUUCAGUUCACUUCUUUUUAAGCUCUUAAGACAACAUCAAAGUUCUUUACUGAAGUAUCAUGAACAUCUAAUAAACUAAAUUUUACUUCCACUGUUAUUGAAGGAAGAUAGCACAAAAUCCUGACCAGCGCAUGAAAAAAAAACGUAUUUGUGUUGUAACGUAUCACCUUUUAAAUAUUGACUGGUUUAGUUAAAAAAAGAACAGAAAGACAUUUGGCUGCAUCAGAUACUCUACAAAGCUAAGGUAACAACAAGAAGGAUGUUCAGUCUGCCCCAAUGACUGAAAACGCUUGUAUGGCUUUGGAGAGUUUGAUUGGUUACUUAGAAUUAUCAGUCAUGAUUGGCUGCCAGCCCUUAAGGACGCUGGUCCAGCAACUGUCUGUAAUGCUGUGGUCACUGUGUCAUGUGGAGCAAACAGGAAAUCUGGGCAGAGAAACUUUAAAGUGAGUAAACCAAACUGAGAAAUGUCACCAAAGUCAUAAAUCACAGCUGUAAGUGCAGACUCACAGCUGUAAUCACAUUACUCUGAUGUUUUAACUUUGGAAAAAAAUGGAGACAAUUCAAGUAAAAGGCAAAUUGGCAGGAUUUCCUUCAUUCUCAUUGACCUUCUCGAGUUAUAUUUUUUUGUGUAUUCAUUUAUUUCAGUGCAAGCUCCACCACGGUGUUUCUUCAAAACGCACCACUAAAACAAAAAAGAAUGAGUGUCUUAUCUCUAAAUUGAUUCUCGGUAUGUUUGGGGCACAAAUGGGAUUGAAUAUUAUCAUAUCUUACCUGUAAAAAAAAAAAAAAAUUAAUCGCCACAGAAAAGCUGAGACACUUUCAGGGCACGAGGUUCAUUAUGUGAUCUUCGUGUUUCUUCAAAACUGAGGUUACCGGUUCAUUUUUGAGCUUAACACAGGAAUACAUCACUCAGCUUUUAUUUAUUUUGCUUGUACUUCUUUCUUUUAGAGGCGGUGUGCUGUUUAUUUAAUUAUCAGGGCAGUUUGUGGGUUGCUGUUUUUCGUUCCAUGGAAAAUGCAGACUUUCAAGGUCAAAAGUUUCUCUUUUCUGGAGGAAUAUAACAUCAAAUUAUGUCAGAAAUGUUCAGAAUGAGGGGAGCUUUGUAUUUGGAGAAAUAGUCUAGUACACUUAAAAACACAGACAAGAAGGACUUGAUGUAGAAAUCUAACAAAGACAGCUCCGAGUUCUUCUUUCAGGGAAUUUUAAAGUACUAUUUGAAUCUUUUUAUCUUUGGCAUGGCAAUUUUUUAUUUUGACCCUCCUGCGCAGCUCCAAACCUGUAAACAAAAACUCCAUUUCAUACAGAAGCACUACCAAGGUCAAACUUUUCUUCUAUGCUUUUAUUUUCCAAAGAAAUAUCUUUUUUGCUUCUCUGCCCUCUGCGUUUCCACAGAUUAGCCAGACCUCAAAAAAAAACAACUCCAGUAACCAGCGUGUAUUUCUCUUUGCCGUUCUUGUUGCACUAGCAGGUGAGUCAGUUCUCCAUCUUCAAGUAAGACCUAGAAAGUUAACAAUUAAAAGCCUUGUGAGUUCACCAAGUGAAACACUCUGCAGCCUCCAGCAUCUCCACCGUGUAAAAUGAGCUUUGCUAGUAUGUUUUCAGAUGACAUUAUUUUUGUACCCCCGUGUAGAAACUUCCCAGAAGCUCCUUUUCACUUGCAGUUGGUUGUGCACUGUUAAUGUUUUUGCUUUUUCUAAAAAAGAAAAAAAACAGGGAGCAGCCUGUUAGACCAGUGUUUCCUAAGACUGAACCACUGUCAAAUAUAAACACUGAAACUGUGAAUCCAUUUGGAAAUCAAAAAAGAGAAAACAUGGCAGCCAGAGGGACUGAAACUAAGUCACGCUCAGACAUUGCUGUGAGCUGGAAGUGAAAGUUGUGAUACAUGUGAAGAUGGCUUUUAACAAAAAGGCAAAAAUUACUUACUUUGUUUACUUUUAUGAAAAUGCAGGAUAUUCAGUACAUGCAAGUCUUUCUCUUAUAAAUGAAUCCUACUAAAAUACAGUACUGUGCAAAAGUCUUGAGUCACCUAUCUUUUCUUUAUAUUUUGCUAGGAAAUAGAUAAGCAGUGUUUGAAAGUCAAUAUUCAAUAAGACCACCUUUUUCUUCAUUCCAGUUAUUCCACAUAUCCGUUGGACGUCGGCUGCUCUGUCAGAAUGAUCGUUCAGUAAUGUUAAAGUUCCGGCUCUGGGAAGGCCAGUCUAUGACUCCUACUACACCGGCUAAAUGGCAGCCCCAAACCAUGACACAGCCUCCACCAUGCUUUAUCGAUGGCUGUAAGAUGAAUUGUAACUAGAACUGGUUCUUUGCUAAGUUGUCUGUUAGUUGUCUCAAUGGAAACAGGUCUGAUGGUUUUAUGAACACAACACUGCUUCAUCCCUCGAGUCUGGUGCCUUUUAUGCUUCAAUCAUCCACAUAUAUGGCCAAACAAACAAAAAAGCCUUCCUCUGAAAGUAGUCGGGUACUAGGAUUGGACUGAAAAUGAAUGGAAAAAACAGCCAGUGUCCAAAGAAAAACUCUGGAAGACCUUUGGAAAACUUUGAGGAAGUAUUUCUCAGCACCACCAUGCUUGGAAGCAAAAUAUAAAGAAGGUGACUCAAGACGUCUGUACUGUGUUUUUUAAAAAUUUUUAACAGUAUAUAACUUUAUUGAUGUCACAUGGCUACUAUUAAACUGCUUACUUGUUAGGAAAAAUUAAGAGUGGGGCUCAUAAACUUCCAGUUUAAAGUAUUUGCAGCCUCUAAAAUACUAAUAAGUAGGUGUGAAUGCAGAACAAGCUUCUACCAGUUUCUAUUCAAACUUUAUACAUGUUGUAGCAGAAAAUCAAGUGCGUGUGCACGGAAUGCUCUGCAGCUAAUAAAUCAGCACUGUUUUGAAUAUAACCAUUACAGAGUGACCAAACUUGAGCCAGUGAGCACUGCUCAAAGUGAGUAACACUGAUCAUUUCUAUUCUUGCAAACAUGACCUAAACUCUCUCAAAUCCAGCACUGAUUCCCUGUUUUUAUUUAGUGGUCACUUAAUAAUCUUCUCAUAUUCCAUAUCUGUAAAAUGGGCUGUGUGAUUUGGAGCACAAGCAUUUUGUUCUGUUCAAUUUGAAGCUACCUGAUGUUUUUUUGCUGCCAUCCUUUGACAGUAAGUUUCUUAGAUGAUUUCCCUGAUAAAUGAGGACCAGAACAGGAGAGGUUAGACUUCUCUCGUGUGCACAACAGGACACCAGCUUUUCCUUCUUCAACUUUUAAAGCAGCCAAAUGUUUAUUGGUUCUGGCUGCAGAUCAGUGUCAUGUCUGAUGGUUGUUUUCCAGCCUACCUCUUGGCUAAGUAUAUUGUCAUUACAGCGCCUGAUGAAUGUAGUUUUUAAAUAGAGAGAGUGAGAAAACCUGUGGAGGAAGUCUGAGCAAGUAAAGUACAAUCACAGAACUCGGCGUAACUCAAUCCUCAGCCAGCAAAAUGGCAACAUAGAUAAACAUCUCCUGAUAUUUUAAAGGUUUUUGCACUUGAGUCAUGGUUUUCUCCCAGAUACAGUCAGAAUAAUUUUUUAAUUCAAAAGCCAGUAUAUUUGCCUGCUAGGCUCUGAGAUUUUUACUGCGUAGACAGAUUCUACAGAUAAGACGUUUUCAAUUCAGUGUUUUUUUUUCCCCCCUCUUUUGGAAAAUGAAUAAAAAAAAUGUUUUGAAAAAAAGCCUUGUAAGAACUGUACUUAAAGCUAUGCAUCCAAAUAGAAUAACACAGGUGUCUUUUUAUAAACUGAUGUGAAGCUUCAGAUGUUUCGACCUGUAUGUGUGCAACAUCUGUUGAAUUUUGUUUAACACAGAUGCGUGAACAUUUUUAUUGAAUUCAUAUGCAUUUAUUAGAGUGACGGUUUAAAGUGUCAUUUAUCACAGAGCUGUGUCGAUCUGUAUAAUAAGAUGUACAAAUGAACGUUUUAUAGCAACCUAAUGUGGAAUAUUCCUUUUGUAUGUGACUUUUAAUUAAAAAGAAAAACUUUUCUUCCCAAGAA